GGGUUCAUCAAUCAAUUUCAGCAUGGCGAACUCCAUCAAAAUGAGCGUUGUCUCUUCGCUGCUGCUGGCAGCCACACGGGCCAUGCUGCGGUGUUGGCCCCCGCUAAUGACAUUGUCUUCCCUUCAAGCAAGACAGUUCAGAACCCUCUGCAGUACUCGGGUGGCAACACCCCAUACUUUGCGGGACCGAAUGUCAAUGGGGUGGACAACAGUGUGCCUGAAAAGUGCACGGUGCAACAGGCGGCUUACGUCGUGAGACACGGUAGCAGAUUUCCCGAUCCAGGCUCGUAUAAUAGUUGGGUGGGGAUUCAGGACAAGAUCCAAAUUGCUGUCAAUGGCACUGGUUUUGAUGCUCGUGGUUCGCUAUCUUUCAUCAAAGUCUGGAGUCCAAUACUGACUAAUCCAACCCUUCAAAUUGCCCAGGAGUCUAUGACGGGAUGGAAAGAGGCUAGCGAUCUUGGCUACCAGCUCCGGGCUCGCUAUCCCGAUUUCUAUGAGGAUGGCAACCCUUUCUUUGUCUGGGCCAAUCAAUAUCAGAAUCCGAUCAACGAGUCACGAGUAGUCCAGACCGCCCGGGCCUUUGUCAACGGCUACCUCUACGAGUUUGCUGAUGCUUAUGGGACAGUCGUCAGCGUCAACUCGACUGGCUCUGUAAAUGCCAUUGGCAACUCGCUCGGGCCUUCAGAUGCGUGCCCAGAAUUCUCCUCUAUUUCAAGCGGCGGCAACAAAUUCACAGACUUCGAUGCCACUUGGGUCCCUAAGGCUCUCAAGCGCAUCAACUCACUGGUGAGCGGCAACCUCACCUUCGACGAGACCGACAUCCUCUUCUUCCCAUACCUGUGCGGGUAUGAAAGUCAGAUCACCGGUAACCUCAGCCCGUGGUGCGGAGUAUUCACCGAGGACGAGCUGCGCAACUAUGCCUACUCGCAGGAUCUGAGUUAUUACUACAGCGUCGGACCUGGUGCAGACGGGCCCGCCCCCGUACUCUUCCUCCCUUUCCUCGAGAGUCUGACGGAACUGCUCAUCAAGGGGCCCGGUCAAACCGGCAUCGAAGCUGGCGGAAAUGACUUCACAGUCCCCAAUUUGAUCAUGGCGUUUUUAAACGAUAAUCAGAUUGCGGAGAUGACGGCCUCCAUGGGUGUCUUCGACCACGAGGAUCCUCUCCCCGACACCCACAUCCCGGCCCAUCAUCUUUAUCAAAUUGCCCACUUUAUCACGAUGCGUGGCACGGUCACGUUUGAAGUGCUCGAUUGUGGCUCGGGGUCGAGUCACCACUCGUCUGGUGGCCCAUAUAUUCGGGUCCUGUUCAACGAUGCGGUCUAUCCCAUUGUGGGUUGCCACGAUGGACCGGGAAAGAGUUGUCUCUUGUCCGAGUAUGUGGCGUUGAUCAAGAAGAGUCGGGUAGCAGGCAACUUUACUGAUUACUGCAUUGUGACUUCGCCUGGCUACCCUGAAACUGUGGCGGGGGCUAGUUUCUUCACCGAUCUAUCACUGGACUUUUUGACCUUCGUCAAGCCUUGA